AUGCUAAGACGGAUUUCACACGUCUUAGUGUUAUUGCUCUUAGUGAACUUGUCUGUCAACGCUCAAAAUGAAUCUAGUACAGUUUCAGCUCCAGUCAUUGUUGAAGCUACAACAGAAAAAGUUAUUGAAACAACACUUCCGAUUACAAUUUCAACUGUCCCGUCUGAUCUUGCGACUACAACAGCAACGAAUGUAACGGAUGUACAUGAUUCAUCGACAAUUAUUGUUGAAACAGCAACUAAUGCUACGAUAGCAAACACAACCCAAUCACAGGGUAAUCAAACUAUCGAAAACACCACAACAAAUAUUCCAGAAUCAUCAACAGCUGCUACGAUAUCAAACACAACUGAAUCACAAGGUAAUCAAACUAUCGACAACAUUACAACAAAUAUUCCAGAAUUAUCAACAGCUGCUAUUGGAACAGCAACCAAUGUCACAAUAUCAAACACAACUGUAUCACAAGGUAAUCAAACUAUCGAAAAUAUAACAACUCAAUCUUCGAAGAUUGAAACUGGAAAUAGCACUAGCUCAAAUCUUCCAGAUUCAUCCGUAGACAAUAAAACAAACACCAAUGGCAGUGAAACACAUCCAGAUAAACCUAGUUGGGCUCAUACUGAACCUUCAAAGCCUAAGUCAAUACCAAUUGAAUUAAAUUCAACAGCAGAUGGUUUUACACAAAACAUAAUAUUUAAAUUAGCUGAAUAUAUACUUUCACACUCUGAUAGUUCAUCAAACUCAUCAUUGUCUUCAGUAGAUCUAAUUGCAAAUGAACUUGUAUCUAAACUUGAUCAAAGUAAUUUAGAUAUGACUGCGACAGAUGUCGAAGCUGUUCGUACUACUACUAAAGUAUUCUUUAAAAAUUUACCUGUUAUUAUCAGAACCAUCAUUAAAAAUCUUAACAAAGCUGGUAAUGAAAAUUGUCCAAUACAAUUCAAAUUCUUAGGAAAUAUUUAUUGUAUUGAAUUCGACCUUCAACUUUCACAUGCUACGCCAUUAACAACAACUACAACUGCACCACUUCCAAUUACAAAUACAACAGAAUCACGAACUGAUCUUCAUAUUGAAUCUUUCCAAGUAUCCAAUACAAAUCAUGUUGAUGUACCACCACCAUCUUGGCAACAAUGGUUUAGUCCUACCACAGUUGAAGAUCAACCAUCAUCAUCUACAUCACAUACACCUGUUCUUGUAUGUUAUUAUACUAACUGGGCACAAUAUCGUAAUGGUCCAGGUCGUUUCUAUCCUGAAAAUAUAGAUCCAACUCUUUGUACACAUAUCGUCUAUGGUUUUGGACAAUUAACCAAUGGUGUCAUAGCUCCAUAUGAAUGGAAUGAUGAAAGUACUCAAUGGUCAACUGGUAUGUACGCACGAAUGAUGGCUUUACGUAAAUCAGGAAAACCAAAAAUUUUACUUGCUGUUGGUGGUUGGAAUCAUGGUAGUGGAAAAUUUUCUGAUAUGGCUCGUGAUGAUAAAAAACGUGCAACAUUUAUAACAACAACAAUUAUUUUCUUACAAAAACAUAAAUUUGAUGGGCUUGAUAUUGAUUGGGAAUAUCCGGGUUCACGUCCUGGUUCAAGACCAACAGAUAAAGAAGAUUAUGUAAAAUUAUUAGUCGAACUUAAAAGAGCUUUUAGUCCAUAUAGUUUAUUAUUAACGGCUGCUGUUGGUGCUGGUAAACCAACAAUUGAUGCUGCCUAUAAUAUUCCUAAAGUUUGUGAGGCUCUUGAUCUUGUUAAUUUAAUGUCUUAUGAUUUACAUGGUUCAUGGGAAUCACAAACUGGUAUUAAUUCACCUUUAUAUAGUCGUGCAAGUGAUAGUGAAACUAAUAAACAGUUAACACAAGAUUGGGCUGUUCGUUAUUGGAUUGAUAAAGGUUGUUCGAAAUCAAAAAUUGUUAUGGGUUUAGCUCUUUAUGGUCGAACAUUUCGUUUAUCUAGUACUACUAAUAAUGGAAUUGGUGCACCUGCAGUUGGACCAGGUGCCGCUGGUUUGUAUACUGGUGAAGCAGGAUUUUUAGCUUAUUAUGAAAUAUGUAAUCGUAUACAACAACAAGGUUGGACAAAAGUAUUCGAUGAUGAACAGAAGUCAAAUUAUGCAUACAAAGGUCAAGAAUGGGUUGGAUUCGAUGAUGCAUAUUCUCUUAGUUUGAAGGUUAAAUAUGCUCAAGAUAUGGGUUUAGCUGGUAUUAUGUUUUGGGCACCGGAUCUUGAUGAUUUUACUGGUACUGUGUGUAAUGAAGGAAAAUAUCCUUUAAUGAAUACAGCCAUUAAUGUUCUUCAUGGUCAAACUGGAGUAACAACAUCACCAACACCAACAACAACAAGUGCAUCAACAACAACAUCAAAUACUCCUACAUCUGGACAAGGAAAACGUAUUGUUUGUUAUUAUACAAAUUGGGCACAAUAUCGAACUGAUGGUGGAAAAUUUUUUCCUGAAAAUCUCGAUCCUUCCUUAUGUACAAAUGUUAUUUAUGCAUUUGCUGUCUUGAAAGAUUCCAAACUUGCACCAUAUGAAUGGAAUGAUCAAGAUACUGACUGGAGCAAAGGCAUGUAUACACGUAUAAUGGAAUUGAAAAAAUCUAGUGAUAUUAAAAUAUCACUUGCUGUUGGUGGAUGGAAUUUUGGUUCUGGUAAUUUUUCUAAUAUGGUUGCAGAUACAAAUUUACGAAAAGGAUUUGUUAAACAAGCAACACAAUUUAUACGUGAUAAUAAAUUCGAUGGUCUUGAUAUGGAUUGGGAAUAUCCUGGUAGUCGAGACGGUAGUCGACCACAAGAUAAAAAGCUCUUCACUACUUUACUCAAAGAAUUAAAAGCAGCUUUUGAACCUUAUAAUUUACUUUUAUCAGCAGCUGUUGGUGCUGGUGAACCAACUAUUGAAGCUGGUUAUGAAAUUGAUAAAAUUGCUAAAUAUCUUGAUUUUAUUAAUCUUAUGACAUAUGAUCUUCAUGGUGGUGGUUGGGAAAAUUCAACUGGAUUUCAUACAGCUUUAUAUGCACGACCAGAAGAAACUGAUAAUGCAAUGGCACUCAAUCAAAAUUGGGCAGUUAAUUAUUGGAUUCAACAAGGAAUGCCAAAAGAAAAAAUAUGUAUGGGUUUAGCUAUGUAUGGACGAACAUUUAAAUUAGUCGAUAGUUCACAAACUGGUAUUGGUGCACCAAGUUCAGGACCUGGUGAUGCUGGAAAAUAUACAAGAGAAAAAGGAUUUUUAGCUUAUUAUGAAAUUUGUGAAAAAUUGAAGAGUAGUGCAUGGACAAGUAAAUAUGAUGAUGUACAAAAAUCAAUGUAUGCAUAUGGUGACGGCAUGUGGGUGGGAUAUGAUAAUAUUGAUACACUUACUAUUCGUGCAAAUUAUAUUAUUGGAAAAGAUCUUGGUGGUGUAUUAAUAUGGGCACCAGAUCUUGAUGAUUUUUCCGGUAAAUUUUGUGAUCGUGGUCAAUAUCCAUUAUUAAAUACUGUUGUUAAUCUUAUUCGAUCCAAUACGAUUGUACCAAUUGUUAUGCCUACAGUUCCAACACCUACAGUUCCAACACCUACAGUCACAGUUACUACAUCAACAAAUCCAAUAGAUGCUACUCCAUCGCAACCUACUGCAUCACCCUCAAGUACUGCAUCAUCUCCAUCGGUUGUAUGUAUGACAACAGUGAAUCCAUUUGUCUUCGAUUCUCUUGAUGCUACUUUAUGUUCACAUUUAAUACUUGUUCAAGCAGAUUCAACCUCAACAGAUUCAACAGACAUAUUUCAAUCAGCACUUUCAUCUGCUAUUCUUGAACAAUUAAAUGUCAUGAGAACAAAGAAUCCACAAUUAAAAAUAUUCUAUUCAAUUCUUGGUCAAUGGAAAUCAAAACAUUUAGAUUUAAUUCGUGAUGAUAAACAACGAGCUAAAUUCAAUAAAAAUAUACAAAAAUAUCUCAUUGUUAAUGGUUUAGAUGGAUUUGAUAUCGAUUGGAAUAUACCAGUUGGCCAAACAUCAGCAUUAACUGAUAAAAAUUAUUUAUCGACUUGGUUAACAGAAUUACACCAAGCAUUUAGUCCUAAUCAACUUUCAUUAUCAAUUGGUGUUAGUGGAGAUAAAGCUAUUCUUGAUAGUAGCUAUGAUUUUGAUCAAAUAUCUGAUACGGUAAAUUUUAUUCGAUUAAUGGCUUUUGAUUGGCCAUCAAAAGAUGUAACUACUUUGAUCAAUCCACUUUAUUCUAUGAAAAGUCAACAAGAUGAUGAUAAAUUUAACAACAUUAAUUGGAUUGUAAGUUAUGUAAUUGCACUUGGUAUGUUCCCUGAACAAAUAUCUCUUGGCAUACCAACUUAUGGACGUUGGUAUGGAUUAGCUAAUGGUAAUCAAAAUACAAUUGGAUCACCAGUCGUUGGUUCAUCAAUGACAAUUGCUUAUUCAGAUUUGUGUAAAUUACUUCAAAGUACUGAUUAUACUAAAGUUUAUAAUCAAGAAACACGUUCAUCGUAUGCAUUCAAUGCAAAAAAGAAACAAUGGAUAAGUUCUGAUACAGCUGAUGAUGUUGCAUUGAUAGCUCGCUAUGCUAAUUUACAAGGAUUAGCUGGUGUGACAUUAUCAUCAUUAGGACAGGAUGAUGUUGAUGGACGAUGUGGAAAUGGUCCUUAUCCAUUAUUACAUGCUGUUGCUGGUAUUUCUAAUCAAAAUACUAUUCAAGAAACUACUACUACUACACAAUCUAUUGAUAAUAAAAGAGUUCGUACUAAUCAAGUGCAUAAUGUAUUCUGUUCUGUAAAUUCAAAUGCUGAUACAUAUUAUGGUUCAACACAAUUUACAUUAGAUCAAAUUGAUACAAACCUUUGUACACAUAUAAUAAUUGAUCAUAAUAAUUCUUUAUUUUCUGCAUCUGUAUCUGAUCAAUUAAAAAGUCAAAAUAUAGAUUUAAAAUUUUUACUUACAAUUAAUUCCAAUGAAAAUAUAACUAUUAAUCAAUGGGAAGAUCUUCUUGAAAAAAAUAAAGCUGAUGGUAUUAAUAUUUGUAUGGAUUCAAAAACAAUCACACACGAUUUUCUUAAACAAAUUGCAUCAAUCAAAUCAAUUUUACCUGAUAAAUAUAUGAUAACAAUAUCGUUUAACUCACCAGCUAAUACAUCAGAUCAAAAAUUACUUUACAAAAUACUUGCAUUAUAUGAAUUUGUUGAUUAUCUUAUUGUUCUUCCAUUUGAUGAAAAAUCAAUUGGAAAUUUUAAAGAACUUCAGUCAUGGAAUAGUCUUGCUGCACUUAUUCAAGCUAAUCCAGAUAAACAUAUUGGAGAUUUUUCAAUGUCUUCAACACUUGCCUUUAUUCUUUCAUCUGAUGUACCAAAAGAAAAAUUAAUUAUGGGUAUUCCAACAUAUGGUCUUUCAUUUUUAUUAGAAAAUGAAAAUAAAUAUUCUAUUGGUGAUAAUAUCUUAGCUUCAGGUUUACCAGGACGUAUCACACAUAUACCAGGCAUACUUGCAUCUUAUGAAAUUUGUACUGCUAUUCAAUCGAAUAAUUAUGAAAGAUUUUUAAGUAAUGAAAGUGUUAUAGUUAUGGCACAUAAGAAAGAUAAUUUAAUUAUAUUUGAUGAUACACAAUCAUUACAAUUACCAAGAAGAAUUGUUAAUGGAACUGUUGAAUUAAAAGCAAAAUUUAUUAAACAAUCUCAAUUAGGUGGUGUACUCGUACAUUCAAUUGAUAUGGAUGAUUAUUCCGGUAAAUUUUGUAAUCGUGGUAAAUAUCCUAUUACAUCUGUUAUAUCUGGAUUAUUUUCAAAACCAAUAACACCUCCAUCGAUUGAAACAACUACAACUCCUUCAAAACAAAAAACUGGUUUAUGUUCAGGUAUUAAAACAAAAGAUUUAAUCGUUGAUGAAGCUGAUUGUCAUUACUAUUAUGUAUGUCUACCAAAUAUUGAUGCGCCAGUUGCACAUUUACAAUGUCCAUCCAAUAUGCAUUUUUCAAAACGAUUGAAAGCAUGUACACAAGAAGAUUUACCUUGUUCUUCAAAACCAAAGGUCAAUAAAAAUAAAGAAACUUUAGAAGCAACAACAUCAGAAACUAAACCAAAAUUCAUAUGUCCAAUGCCAGAUGGUAUCUUUGCUGAUGUAUCUGACUGUACACAAUAUUUUGCAUGUUCAAAUAAUAUCAUUUCUCCAAUGAAAUGUCCGGCAUCACUGAAAUUUAAUUCCCAAUCAAAACAAUGUGAUUGGUCGUCGGACUUGUGUCCUUAA